AAGAGCAUAUACCAAUUAGGGAAGACAAUGGGGUCUACCUUACCUUUGCAUUGGUUAGCUUGUGCUUUUGUUAAGUGCCCUCAUUUCGACUCUAGUUUGGACAUGUCCUGUAAUAGUCUGCUCAACCCAAAUGCAUCUGUAUCUUCCUCAACAUAGUUCAUUCUGCCUUCUAUUUUCUCUUCAGAUGCAGAGUAGCUGUUUCACUUCAAGUUAGGUUGUCAUUUGGUUGAAUUUUGAUGAGCUAACUUUACUUAUAUCAAGCAUGCGUAGAACUUGAAGGGUAGAAUGUAGAUUUGUAUUGACUACAUGAUUUAGAUCAAGAAAAUUUGAGAGCUACGUAUACUUUUUUCACUUUUGUGGUUGAGAAAAUUUUGAAGUGCGAAGCUAUUACUUAACCCCUUGACUACAUAAUCAAGGAUUAAGAGGUAAUGGACCCACUAGCGAUGCUGUGAUUAACCAUUUGUAAGCUUAGAUAUUGAAGUAGACAAAGCAAAAUGUUGUUGGUUCAUCCUACUUUCUAAUUAUUGGGGCUUAUCCUAAAACUGUCACUAUUAUUACAUAAUAUUGAAAUCCAGUAAGCAACUGAUGAUGAGAUCAUCCCAAUAAAAGCCGGAGGAUGAUGAUGAUGAUGAUGGUGAUGAUAAUGUGACAGAUAAGUAAAUAUAUGCUGUUUUUGUUUUCAAGAUGCAACUUGCUGCCAUUGUUUAUUGUCAUCUACAACUGUCUAUGUACCCACCUUGUACGAUACAUGCAUUGCCUAUAGUUUUGUACAGCAUUAGGUGACAAAAUGUGAGCAACCAUAAUCAACUGGGGUCCCCGGUGCAACUUGACCAGUAAGCAAGGAUGUUUAGAGAUAAUCUCUCUCUCUGAUGGAGAGAUUAUACAUGCACCUUCAUAAAUAAGUUGCGGGCCACUGUCGACUUCUCUAUCAGGUUAGUUACUCAAUUCCAGCUGAGUUGACUUUGUGCUUUCUCAUGGUAACUCUGUAUAAUUGUUCAGUUACUGAAAGAAGACUAAUCUUCUUUUCUAUUUCCUUUUAUUUGUGCAAAGUCGAUUUUUCUUCUGGCUAGAAGUCAAACUUCUUAUUUUUAGAAUGAGAACUUUGAUUGAGAUGGUAAUUUAGUUUUUUCUAUGCUGCAUUAGACGUUACUAGUA